CGUCCCCCCGCAGACAGAGCGCUGAGGCUGGCAGCAGGCUGGAGGAGCAGAGCGGCAGCAGGAGGAGAACCUGUUCACCAACUCCACUUCAACUUUAACUGCGCCUCUCUGUUUGACCCACACGAGCUCUAAACCCGGACUAACAAAUAAGAAAAAGAAAAGAAAAAAACUCUCUCUUGUUUUAAAAAGUUGAUUUAGUCUCGGAGGAGCCCGGGGGGAGGGUCCGCGUAUAACACAAGUUGUUCUGGCGAUGUCUGGAUCUUACUGCAGAAGUUUGUACCCGUUCAGCGGGGAGCAGCACCAGCAGGGACUGAGCUUCGAGGCCGGGGAGAUUAUUAAAGUGGUCCAGGCUCUGCCCGGAGGCUGGUGGGAGGGGGAGAGGGAUGGAGACAGGGGAUGGUUCCCCUCCAGUUACGUCCAAGUCCUGGAGAGGACAUCGUCUCUGAAUCAGCUCCCUGUUGAGGACCUCAAAGACCCCCUGCCUCCUCAGUGGAAAUGCUACAUGUCUCCACAAGGCCGGCGAUACUACGUCAACACCAUCAACAACGAGACCACAUGGGAAAGACCAUCCAGCACACCUGGGACUCCCAAGAUGUCCCACCGACACAAGAACUCCCUGCCAGCAGUGAAUGGAUUUCACUCGGGUGGUAGUCCCUUGCAUCAUGUGGAGCAUUCACACAACAGUCUGGUUAGGAAGAGCAGUACAGAGCCACAGCGUGGAGAAACAGGAAACAGGAAACAGGGGAGAGAAAGAGAGAGCCCGGGAUCAACGUCGCCCACCAGGAAACAGAACAAGGAGACCACAAUCACGCUGAACUGUGUGACGUUCCCGUCUUUCGCGUGCUUGCCGGAGCAGCAGCUGCUGAAACCGGACGAAUGGAGCUACUGUGACUACUUCUGGACCGAUAAGAAGGAUACCCAGGGCAACGGCUGCAUCACAGGAUUCGAGGUUCUGCUGCAGAAACAGCUGAAGGGGAAACAGAUGCAGAAAGAGAUGGCCGAGUUCAUACGAGAGAGGAUAAAGAUAGAAGAGGAGUAUGCCAAGAAUCUCUCCAAGCUUUCCCAGAUCCCUCUAGCCAGCCAGGAAGACGGGACUCUGGGGGAGGCUUGGGCCCAGUUGAAGAAGAGCUUGGCAGACGAAGCUGAGGUUCACUUAAAGUUCUCCUCAAAGCUCCAGAGUGAAGUCGAGAAACCUUUGCUGACCUUCAGAGAGAACUUUAAGAAGGACAUGCGGAGGUUCGACCAUCACAUCGCCGACCUGCGGAAGCAGCUUGUUGGUCGCUACGCAGCAGUGGAGAAGGCUCGUAAAGCUCUGGCCGACAGACAGAAAGAGCUGGAGUUAAAGACACAGCAGCUGGAGAUCAAACUCAGCAACAAGAUUGAAGAAGACAUCAAGAAGGCCCGCAGGAAAUCCACACAAGCAGGAGAUGACCUGAUGCGCUGUGUCGACCUUUAUAACCAGUCUCAGUCCAAAUGGUUCGAGGAGAUGGUCACCACGAGUCUGGAGCUGGAGCGACUGGAGGUGGAGCGGGUGGAGAUGAUCAGACAGCAUCUGUGUCAGUACACCACCCUCCGGCACGAGACGGACAUGUUCAACCAAAGUACGAUGGAGCCGGUGGACAAGCUCCUGCAGUGUGUGGACCCUGUCAGAGACAGAGAGCUGUGGGUGCGGGAGAAUAAGACUGGAGACAUCAGGCCUGUGGACAUAGAGAUCUGACCUCAGCGCUGCCCGACGCCUCUGCAUACGCACACUUUUACUGAGCUCACACUCUGACACAGAGGCUACGAGCCUGAGGACUGCCUGAAAUCUGUGCUGGGAUCUUCACUCCCACCCCCCAAACACCCCCACCCCCCAAGACUGAGGAAUGAUCAGUCAGCACUCGUUGGCUCUUUACAUCCCAACCAGCUACCCGCUGAGGAUGAUGUCAGUAUUUUUGGGGAAUUUAGUGAGAACCCGAAGUGAUGAAUGACGAUGUCAGAUAGUGACAGGUCGCAGUUUUUCUGUUAUGAAAGCUGAGGCGACACAGGAUGGGAUCUCUGAGUGUGAAUAGCGAGUUGAAACGUAAAGCCAAUGAUCAAGAAGCACCGAGAAUGAACAUUUAACACGUGUCAAUGUUGAAUAGCUUUAUGUCAUGCAGCAGUGUAGCGCUGCAGUUUGUGUGUGCUUUUGCUCUGUGGGGUAAUUCUCUGAGUUCAAAAAUGAUUUAACAGAUGCUGCAAAACAGAGUGUUCUAUUACUCUCUACCUGAAUAAUACCAAUAUCCACCAUGUGCAGCUACUGACUGUUUGCUAAGCCCCACCCCUUUAGUUACUGUUGCUGUCACCUGACAUGCCAGCUCCAUGUGGAGUUUAAAAACAAAAGCAGCUUUAAAUUUUGGGAUUUUGUCAACUGAAAUAACAACUGUUGCUAGCAGACUCUAUUGGCUGUAAUUAGCAUCAUAAGCUAAUGCUAAUGCUAAAAAUAUUUUUUUCCAGUUUGUUUUAGUCAUUAAGCUUGUAAAAUGGUCUUAAAUAUUCAGAGAAUGGCUUCAGACAUGCUGUUCAAAGCUAAAACUAACAGGUGCCGCACAAAAAGUAGCUUGCUCUCCAGCCCACGAUCCAUGCAGAGGACUUGCAAAGUAUUAUUUGUUACAGUGUGUGCAGAAAAUGGAUGCUUUCACAAGAGUUUGGCCAACUGAAGAAGAAAAUAGAACAAAACUCUAGAUCAAACCUAAAAGAAAAAGAGAAGAAACAAACCACACUUUCAGCAAAAAUAAAUACGAUAUGAUGUUUUAUGCUCAAAGAGAAACAACCAAAAAAGAAGGAAGAAAAGAAAGCAAAUGUAAAGUGUAACUGGAUUUUUUUUUGUGUGUGUACAUUUUUAAAAAGCAGGAUGAGUCACUAACGUUACUCUAAACUCUGAUAUAGCAGCACUAUUGGCCUGGCCAGGUUUUUUUUCUGAUAUAACCUGUAAAAUCACAUAAUAUAAUUAAUUAGUGACGUGGCCCUCGUCUUUGGAAAUGAAGCUAGGUCAUUCGAUUAGUAAAGCUGACGUUAGGCAGUAACAUGCUCACGUUUGCAGCUUUCACUAGAGUAGAUUCUGUUUCGUACACUUUUCAUUUUGAUCGUCUGUGAGUGAAAUUUCUUGUCCGGGGUCUGGGUUUUGCAAAUGGUUAAUUGCUGAAGACAAAAAUCAAUAUCUUUAUAACACAGAAACACUCUUCAUUUUUCCUGUGUUUAACUUAAUAACUCCUUAUUAACUCCUAAUAAGAAUUUAAAAUCAUCCAAUUGCACUUUAUGCCCAAAUGAUUUUCAUAAAUAAACUGUAAGUUGCUGUUCAUAUGAUUCUAAAGAGAAUUUACUUGUUACACAUUUUAUUUCUGAAGUUGGGAGUGUUGCGGUUGCGUUCACGGAGAGUCUGGUGUAAAUAUAUGCAAUGUGUGAUUUGAAAAGAGGCAGUAGAGUGAAGGAUGUAAAUGUACAGUAAAUAGUAGAAUCGUACAUAAAGACAUACAGAAAUUUGGUACUGAUAAUAUAUGAAAGUGUUUUAUAUGCAAUAGAAAUAACAGCCCUUUUAAAUACACCACAGUUUGCUUCAGUUGGGUUGUGUGUCAGUGCUGCUGCCUGCAGACGUUACAUGUUGUACAAAAUGCUCUUUUACCACAAUGUCUUGAUCAGUAUUACUGCUUAGUAUUACCUGACUAUUGAGAAAAGAGGACUGAGAUGCUUUUGUACAUUAACAGCUAAAGGUUGGCAUUUUUCAUUAAUAAAAUGAAAAUAUGUAUCUCAUCAUAA